AUGUAUCUGCACUUAGGUCAAGUCAACUGGGGCUUAAAACUGUCGUUAUUGAUUCGAAGGGAGUUGCUGGUAUGUUAUUUACUUAAAUAUAGUUUUACUCUAAAGCCAUUUAGAACUUCUCUUCUCUCCAUUAUAGGAGGAACAUGUUUGAAUGAAGGCUGUAUACCAUCAAAGACAUUGCUUAAUGCAUCACUACAAUACUGGAAGAUGCGGAAUUCUUCUUAUUGGGGUAUAGAUACAUCUUAUAAUCGGAUUGAUUUGGAUAUUUUACAAAGAAGAAAGAAUGAAGUUAUACAACAACUUAGGUCAGGAAUCAAGUAUUUAUUCUCUAAGAACAAGAUUGACUUUGUAAAUGCUGAAGCUAAAAUACUAGAUCAUUCUACUAUUGGUUUAUCUAAGCCGGUUACCUUUAACGGUUUGGAAUUCUCAAGAAUAAAUGCUAAGAAUAUUGUCAUUGCUACGGGUUCUACUGGAUUAAAUCUGCCUAAUAUUGACAAUGUUGAUGAAGAAAUUAUAGUAACUAAUAAGGGUGCACUAGAAUUUACUAAGAUACCAGAUCACUUAUUUAUUAUUGGAGGUGGUGUAAUUGGCCUGGAACUUGGAACUGUCUGGCAUCGUCUGGGGAGUCAAGUCACUAUCUUGGAAUUUGCUGAUACUAUUCUCUCUAACUAUGAUCAGGAUAUCAGGGGUAUCUUCUUAAAAAAUUUACAAGAAAAUUUUGACACUAAAAUUAUAACUGGCGCUCAGGUUAGGGAAGUAACUAAAGAUGGUAAUAAUGUACAAGUUUCAUAUGAAGUAAAGAAUUCAGGUGAUAUAAAAACUGUAAUAUGCGACAAAGUUUUACUUAGCGUUGGCAGAAAGCCAAAUACCAAAAAUUUAGGUCUUGAAAAUAUUGGAGUAAAUGUAGAUCGCAGAGGAUAUAUUCCUAUAGAUCAUGAGACAUACCGUGUCAUUCCUUAUUCAAAUAUUUAUGCUAUUGGUGAUGUAAUAGGAGGGCAAAUGUUAGCACAUAAAGCAGAGGAAGAAGGGAUUUUUGUUGCAGAAUUUAUUGCUAACGGGAAACAGAGCCCUAUACAUUACGAUGCAAUCCCUACUGUAAUUUACACACACCCAGAGAUUGCAUGUGUAGGAUUCUCUGAGAAAGAUUUGAUAUUAAAGCAGAUCCCCUUUAAGAAGGGGAUAUUUAGGAUGAAUGCUAACUCACGUGCAAGAGUAUCAGGUGAUGUUGAGGGUUUUGUGAAAGUAUUUGAGCACAGUGAGACGAAGGAGAUUUUGGGUUCAUGUAUUAUCUCGGCCAAUGCUGGUGAAAUCAUACAUGAACUUGCCCUUGCAUAUAGGUAUAGAGCAUCAUGUGAAGACAUUGCUAGACUAUGUCAUGCUCAUCCAACUUUAAGUGAAGCUAUUAAGGAAGCAUGUUGGUCUGUUUCGUUCGGAAGUGCUAUCCAUAUGUAG